AUGGCUUCGCGAAUCGAUUCACUCCCAUUUUUCCUCAUUUAUUUCUCCUUUUUGAUAGAGACAAUCGCGCAAAGCCCAUUCGAUUUCACUGAGUGCAAUGGGGUGAAAAUCUGUCUUUUAAGUCCAUCGAAUUGUCUCCAAAAUACGGACACUUGCACGAAUGGUGUGUCGAUAAAACAAACGGGUGCAAAAACGAUCGAAAUCGAACUCUUUGCGAAUAAUCUUCCCUAUAUGGGAUGGAUGGCGAUGGGAUUUCAAGGAGUCGCUUGCAAGAAUAUUGAAGGAACUGGAGGACCGUGUAUGGCAAACACACCGGUGACAGAAUGCUCAUGGACAAAUGGACGACAAAUGACGGCUGGACUCUCAUACAAUGAUGCGACUCCACAAAAUCUUCGGAUUACGAAUGUUGAUGCUCUGAUGAAAGCGAUUAAUUUCACGCAAGAAGUUGUGACUCAAGUCGAGAAUAUGACAUAUUGUCGAGUAUCACAAAUGGUUACAGCCGCUCCACUCAAUGGAGUUUUUGAUGCGGAUAAACGUGCCAGGUCAUCGUUAUUUCCGCGAUAUUCCGCUCUCAAUAUGCCGUUUGAUUUCAACGAGUGUUUAACGAAAAAACAUUGUGUUUUUGGACCAGCGAAUUGCGAAAAGGAUAAAUCCUGUAUUCACGGAGCGAGCAUUAGAUUGCUGGAGAAGAAAGAGAGUGAAGUGAUCGAAGUGGAGAUGUGGUCGUCGGAUCUCCCAGAAUGGAUGGGAGUAGGUGUUCAGUCAAAGGAAUGCGAUGAGGUUGAGGGAAAUGGAGGACCGUGUUUUGCCAACACCCCGACAGUCGAUUGUUCGGUCACUGGAAAAGGGAGCAAAAUCGGCCUCUCCUAUAUGGACUCGUUCGCUCGAAACACUCGAAUCAAUAAUCUUAAGGAGUUGAUGAAUUUGACGGAAUUGCGAAGCCUUCGUUUCACCAAGAAUAGAAUCACCUAUUGUAAAGUGGAAAUGCUCAAUGGAAUGUCGAUGAAAGGAGUCGGGAAUGGGCACAAGGUUCUCCAGAUCGAUCCGACCAAAUCGUAUCUGUUGUUGACCGCUCAAGGGCCCAGCAAUGGAACAACUUUCACCUCGUCUUUGAUCUCGACGAUUCGAGCGGGUUUCGGAAAAGGAACCUCUAGAGGCACACAAGCACCAAUCCUCAGAACUAAGAAAGGAUUCGACACAACAAUUGAGAGCACAAAGAAAGUGGCGCCUUUUAUCAGUUACACCAAAUCAAUGAGACGAUUUAUUACGAAAAGGACGACACCAAGUCCUAUUGGACCAAUGGUGAGAAUCGAGUCUCAUGUAAUCGAUGAGUUGAAGUUAACUCCUCCGCCAAAAAAGGACUCCUCAUCAUCCCACACAUUCACUUUCCUCGUCUCAGCGAUUUCUAUCAUUCUUGUGAUUCUUUGGUGCUUG